UGACGGCAAACAAUGGCGGCCCCCGGUGGGAACGAUUAGAUGAAUGUUUUGUAAUACCUAUUUUCACAGCAAUUUACCUAUUGCUCUGAUACUUCUGCAAUAUUGAACACUCCUGUAUGAUUAAAAAACUGUUUCGUGACCAGUAAAACGGAUCACAUUGUUAAUUCUGAUAUGAGGGCAGUUGUUGUCAUGAAACUUUGACAUGUUGGCACAGAAACUGCACCUGCUCCGACACAACGUCCUGUCAUUUGUAUCCUCUCGGACUGGUAGUGACCUCACCAGGCGCCAGUAUGAUGUCAUCGUGGUGGGGGGAGGACAUGCUGGGACUGAGGCGGCGGCCGCAGCAGCCAGAUUGGGAGCAGAGACCCUCCUCAUUACCCAGAAGAUCAUGACUAUCGGGGCCCUCUCCUGUAACCCCUCUCUGGGGGGCGUGGGGAAGGGCCAGCUGGUGAGGGAGGUGGAUGCUCUGGACGGUCUGUGUGGGCGAGCAGGCGACUGGGCCGGGGUCCACUUCUCCAUCCUAAACCGCAGCAAAGGGCCCGCUGUGUGGGGCCCCCGGGCACAGCUGGACCGGGAACGCUACCGCCAAUUCAUCCAGUCAGAAUUGCUGUCCACUCCCAGGCUGACAGUGUUGGAGGGCUCAGUGGAUGAGUUGCUGGUGUCACAACCCAACCCAGAGGAGCCUGGACACCACAGAGUCACUGGGAUAAGACUGGUGGAUGGAAGCCACCCCAUCUUGUCCAGCUCAGUGGUCCUUACCACUGGCACUUUCCUGUCCGGCUCCCUCUUCAUGGGCCAAACCACCUCUCCCGGGGGGAGGAUGGGGGACGCCCAAUCAUGUGCCGGACUUUCAUACACACUGAAAGAGACAUUGGGGUUGAGGGUGGGUCGACUGAGGACUGGCACACCCCCUCGGAUAGUGAAGGAGUCCGUAGAUCUGUCCUUGGCUCAGCUCCAAGCCCCGGACAAACAGCCCACUCCCUUCAGUUUUCUCAACACGCAUACCCACUGCAAGCCAGAAGAGCAGCUCCCCUGCUACCUGAUCCACACCACACCUGGAGUGGAGAGAGUGGUCAGGGAGAGUGUCCACCUCAACUGUCACAUACAGCAGGACGCCAAAGGUCCCAGAUACUGUCCCUCCAUCGAGUCGCGAGUGCUGCGGUUUCCGGGGCGACGGCACCAGGUGUGGCUGGAGCCGGAAGGUUUGACCUCUGACCUGUUGUACCCCCAGGGCCUGUCCAUGACCAUGCCCCCUGACGUGCAGCUCCGCCUCCUUAGGGAGAUCCCCGCCUUGCACCGAGCCGAGAUCCGCACUCCUGGUUACGGGGUGCAGUAUGACUUUGUGUGCCCCACCCAGCUGACUCCGUCUCUGCAGGUGAAGAGCACUCAGGGGCUCUUCCUCGCGGGUCAAAUCAACGGCACCACGGGCUACGAGGAAGCAGCCGCACAAGGCUUGUGGGCGGGGGUGAAUGCAGGUCGGACGGCCCUCUCCCUGCCCCCCAUGGCACUGUCUCGUACCCAGAGCUACAUCGGGGUGCUGAUCGAUGACUUGGUGGGCCGAGGGGUGACAGAACCUUACCGCAUGUUCACUAGCCGCGCCGAGUUCAGAACCUACCUCAGGCCCGACAAUGCAGACCUCCGUCUCACCCCCAGAGGGUUUGAGGAAGUGGGCUGCGUGACUUUGCAGCGAUACAAGAAAGCAGUAAGUGUGAGGGACGGCCUCCAGGAAGCCCUGAUGGCCCUGCAGUCCGUGGCUCUAUCCUCCACCCGCUGGAGAGAGAAGCUGGGCAACAUCAGCCUGAGUGAGAACAAGAGCACCACCUUAAAUGGUUUGGAUCUGUUGCAAUACAAAGAUGUGUCCUUUGAAAUGUUGGCCUCCGUCUUCCCAGAGUGCCUUUCACAAUAUUUUGAGUACUCACAACGACUCAAGAUUGAAGCUGUGUACAGACCCCACUGCGAGAAGCAGAGUCGAGAGAUGGAGAGAAUACGGAGGGAGGAAAGUCUGUCUCUCCCCUCUGACAUGGACUACCUCUCCUUACCAGUGUCCCUCUCUCAGGAGGUCAGAGAGAUACUGGACCGAGUCAGGCCCAACACUCUGGGCGCUGCUACCCGUCUACCAGGCAUGACGCCUGCUGGGAUCAUCCACCUUCUCAACUAUGUCCUCAGGACCGGGCAGAGGAACAGACACACAGAGCACAGAAACCGAUCGAGCCAAAAAGAGGGGGAAAAGGGACAGCUGUGUGCAAGCAACAUACCAAUAUCUCAGUGAAAUAAUGUCUAAGAUUUUUUUUUUUUUACAAAAAUGAACUAUGGUAGUUUAGGAAAUCAUCACUGUUUAAUUUAAAAUGACCUGAGAUUUCAAACCAAACAAUUGUGCCCAAUUUCACAAAUUUUAUCUAUUCAGCCUCAAACAGUAACAAAAAUACAACAUGCAAGCUAAAUUGAUUAUCGAGUGAACAUUUCUAGUUCUGUAACAAACAUUUUAGUGAAACCAGCACAACAGUAGUAGUGCAACCAACAUUAUAUCCCAUGUGACCUUUUUAAAGUCACUACUGUUGGUGGUGAGAGUCUGUCCAUCCAGCUCGCCUGUCCCUCUGGAGAAGAAGUCAAACGGAAAUUUCCACUUGGGCUGUGGCGUUCCCCUGGGGGGUUCUGGGUAGACUGUAGUGUCAACAAACAUCACUUCCAUGGUCACAACAAAAGGCGAGACGAGGGGACACUGAAGAGGAGAAAGACAGUGUGCAGGGGGAAGAAGGUGGUUGAGAGGGAAACAAUGGCAUUCCAGGUCAUUUCUUUUACAGUGACAUGUCUCAGAAGACUGCAGCUAUAUCAUUAAUGUGGUUCCAGAGAAGUUCAACACUUCUGGCUGUGAAAUCUGCUCAGCACAACUACAGAAAAGAUCAUACAUAAUAAGCCCUUGAGGUUUAUGCACACGUUAUAGGGAUAGUUUACCGAAAUUACACACGUUUCAUUGGUGAACUAUCCCUUUAAAAUGGCAAAGGAGGUCAGAGGACACCCACCAGUUUAAAUUAACAGAGACUAGAGCAGGGGUAUUCAAGUCUUACCCUACGAGGACCAGACUACUGCUGGUUUUCUGUUUCUACCGGAUAAUUAAUUGCACCCACCAGGUGUCCCCAGGUCAAAAUAAGUCCCUGGGGACUUAUGGGGAGGGAAAAAAGCAGUGGAACUGGAUUCGAGGUCCAGAUUUGAAUUUGAGGGGAUUAGAAGAUAUGGAGAGAGCUUAAACUGUUCACCCACUGCAAGAGGAGACAUGCUUGACCCUUACCUUGACCUUCUGACAAUGGAAGAGGUAUUUGGCCCCUAGGAUGUAGUUCUGGGGAAAGGCCAGGAGACCUAUCUGAGCCCACAGCACCUGGACUGACAGGGAGUGGGGGAGGAGACACCCGGACUCACACGAAUCCUUCGGAGACAGAGGGAAGAGAGAAGUCAGGGGGAGGAUUUAGUUUUUUGUUUAAAAAAAUAAUCUAGUCCAGGGGAGGGUCAUGUAAUUUAAAUGUAAAAAUAAGUUGUUUUAGGCUAUAUAUAUCGAUGUGUGCUCAAUGUCGCCCCUCAUCUCUGAUUUUCUGCUGGGUGUAAUAAUGUGCGCCUAUAGGUUAUUUAGUGUGGUCUCAAAAUGAUCCAUGGGCCAUGCUCAGAGAAGCACAGCACAGCAAAGUUACACUCCAUUUAGACUUGAGUAUCUGGAGCAUCAGCAAUUGUGGGUUUGAUUACAGGCUCAAAAUGGCCAGAAACAAAGACCUUUCUUCUGAAACUCGUCAGUCUAUUCUUG